GUGGCUGCAAAAGAACUGCUGAGCAUGCUCAGUAUGUUUGGGCAUGCUCAGUGAUCAGGAAGUAGCACAAUCUCCCAAAAAGGUCAAAUACUGGACGGUCUGGCUCAAAACCGGACACCUGGCAACCUUAUCAGGGGGACUUGCCGCCUGCAGGGCCCUUGCUCCCCGGGCAGGCCAGGUCCGGCUUUGCUGAACGGAGGGCGCCCCUAGCGGCGACUUGCAGCUGGGAGAGACGCCGCUUGGCUGCUACCGGCCCGGAGCUGGCCAUGAAAUCGGUCUUUGUCACCGUGGGGACAACCUGUUUCGAGGAGCUGAUUGCGGUGGUGAGCGCCCCAGAGACUAUCCAGAUCUUGCAGAGCCUGGGCUACAGCAGACUCGUCCUGCAGGUUGGUGGAGGGGCGGCGCCCACCCCGCUUCGCACGCCGGCGUUCACACUAGAAGUGUUCCGCUUCAGGGAGUCCUUGGCUGAAGAGUUCCAGAGAGCGGAUCUGGUGAUCAGCCACGCGGGUGCAGGCACAUGUUUGGAGACACUGGAAAAAGGAAAACCACUCUUGGUGGUUAUAAAUGAAAAGCUGAUGAACAAUCAUCAGCUAGAAUUAGCCAGGCAACUCUACAAAGAUGAACACCUCUUCUAUUGCACGUGUAGCACCCUUUUGGAGUCACUGAAGUCAAUUGAUUUGUCAACAUUGAAACCUUUUCCUCCUGGACAGCCAGAAAAGUUUGCUGCAUUCUUGGAUAGCAUUACUGGAUUUGAAUAACUAAUCCAGAAAAAUAAAUGUCUGUUUGUGGUCAGAUUCUUCUACUGUCACUUUAAUAGGAAAAUCAAUUUAUUGAAACCAACACUUUUUGUACCAACUCUACAUAAAUUAUCUUAAUUUAUAAUGAUGUGCCUUCCUAUGUCAUCUCUAUAUCAACACAUAAUUUUUUACUUGUCAUAGCAUCAAAAAAGCAGAGCAAGGAGUUGGAUGUAUAUUUUUGUGAAUAAGUACAAUAAAAUUAAGUGUGUAUGUAUUAUGUUUGCAAUGUGGGCAUGAAUAAACAUUCACACAACAAACAGGACUUGUU